UCAUCUCAUCAUCACCACAAACAAGUUCAAACAUUUCCUGUAGUUUCAUCAUCAACAGCUAGUUCAACACAAAGCAAAGCCACAACUACUUCUUACGAUCAUUUCCUUUUCGUUCUUCCAUCAGAAAAUAAAAAUAAACAUGGCUGAGAAGACACACCAGGCUUAUCCUCUGGCUCCGGCAAAUGGUUACGCAAGAAGCGAUAGAGAGUCUUUGUCCGAGGACGAUCUCAAGCGCAAGAAGAGAAUCAAGUGCUUUGCUUAUAUUGGUAUUUUCAUUGUAUUCCAGAUCGCAGUCAUGACUGUGUUUGGUCUCACUGUAAUGAAAGUUAAGACCCCUAAGGUCAGACUCGGCACAAGCUCCCUCACAGGAUUCACUUCAUCCUCUACAACUCCUUCGUUCAGUACAACCUUCAAUACCCAAAUCAGAGUCAAGAACACCAACUGGGGUCCUUACAAGUUCGACGAAGGCGUCGUGACAUUCAUGUACCAAGGUACAUCUGUCGGGACAUUCACUGUACCCAAGGGCAAGGCCGGGAUGAAAGGCACAAAGAAGGUGAACGCCGUUGUGAGCUUGAACACCGAUGCAUUGACGACCAGCUCCACCCUCGGCAGUGAAUUGAGCGGUGGGGUGUUGUCCCUAACUAGCGAGGCAAAACUGACCGGAAAGGUGGAGUUGAUGUUGAUCAUGAAGAAGAAGAAGUCUGCGAGUAUGAGCUGCACCAUACAAAUUGAUGUGUCCGGACAAACGGUCAAAAGCUUAGAAUGCAAGUGAUAAACUACAACGAGUUGAGACUAGCUCUUCAGUUUGCUUUGAUUAUUGAUUUUUUCAUUCUUUUUCUGUAUGACGUACGCCUUGGCUUUGUUGUAGUAGAGCUAUACAUAUAUUGGAUGUCAUUCAUAUAUUUUCAGUA